AUGAAGAAAUCGACCUCGAACGCGAAUGCCUUGGUAUCCGUGUGCGGGCAUGAUAGCCCGCAGGUAUUUUGUGUGGUUUGCGGCACCGUCAGGGCUGAUCUUGUCCUCCGAAAGUCAGGCCUCAAGUGCCCAAGCUGUGUAGGAAGGUCAGCUAAUAAGCGCUACCUGAACUUGCAGAAGAAACAAGCAGCGCAAAUCGCCCAACUGCUCCCGGCAAUGAAAUCGAGGGGCGGCGUAGACACCAGUUCCUCCGUGCAAGCCGGCGACGGCCCCUACCGCUCCCAGCACGGGUUCAGCUCUGCGUCCUCGUCACUACAGCCACCCAUGGAGGAGUCCAGCUGCACCACUGUAAGGUCCACAGAGCACGACAGCAGCUUGCGCCCUAUCGAGGAGUACAUCAGCUGUACCUCAGUGUAUCGCGCUGUCAUGGAGCAGACAUGCCACCCCGAUGAGAAAGAUCUCGGCACUGGUGAGGGCGGCAGCACCGAUGCGCAGAGGCUCAUGAGCGGUCUUGGUGGCUGCACCAGAUCCCGAUCCGAGACUCCCAAGGGUCAUCAGGAUAGCACCUUCGUGUCCUGCUCACAUACCAGCGUCUCCUCAGCUGCUGCCGGCGGUGCUGCUGGGGAGGUGCGCCAGACACCCCCGCCCCUUGUGACUCAACGACAAGAAGCUAGUAGCGGGCAACAGGGCAAGUUCGAAUCAGCGAAGAACGGCAGCAGCGGUGCCGUCAUGUCACUGCCCUAUCAAGGCGCUUUCAGCACCUCUCCAACGUCGGCACGCGACAAGGGCCCAGAGAAUGUGCUCAAAGGUUGUUCUCCGCCGCUUCGCAGCAAGGGGGUCCCAUCGCGCCUGCCGCCCCGCAACGGGUCUUGCGUGAAGAGCGUGUCCACUCUGCCACCGUCCCUGGCCUGCCCGACUAAGUCAUUACUGGUGGAGAAGGCAACUGCAAAGCCGAACGGGAAGGCAACGACGAACUCCUCGCCGAACGGUGCGACUGCGUCAUCGCCGUCAUCCGUUAUCAAGACGGCAACUGUCACGGUGUGCUGCCUUGAGGAGGAGAUGUCUGAGUGCUGCAACGCCGUGCUUCAAGCUGACGGCCAGCUGCCCAUCGAGUCCACCGCCGAUCAGUACCCCUCGCACCUCAGUACACCGCGCGACAGCAGUGCCGAAUCAUUGACGAUAGAUCUUUCCCAACCCACCGCGCAUGUUCCGCAGAUGACAUGCAGGGAGAGGCAGAGCACCCGCAGUUUGUCACCGGCAAUGACCUCCGACCGGAACUUCAAUCUGCAAGCGCCACGAGCAGGCAGCCAUGGCACCUCUGUCGCAUCUUCGCUAGUUAGCCACAGCGCCGUGUCACAACUGCCAGCUCUGCAGUUGCCCGGGGACGGCAGCGUGGGGACGUACACCCGACGUGAUUCCCACAUUGCAACGCAGAGCUCGAGUGCAGCCACAUUGUCCGUGGCCACCCUGACGCGCCUGUCAGGGCAGAACGGUGAUGAGGAUGGGGACGUCCAUACGGAAACGUCGUUGCUGAGUCGUAUGCCAAGAGCCUUAGGAGCUAACGCCGCUGCGGGCGACACUACUCUCGACAGAUCUCGGUGCGGCGAGCGAGAUAGCCGAGACGGCUCCUCCAGCGACUCGGAGUUGUCCUCGUCGAACGUGUCCUUUAUUUCCUCCGCCAGUUCGCCAGCAUCACCGUCAGUGAGGUACUCAGAAUCGCAAGACGUCGCCCCCGGGAAGGAGGAGGUAGCUGCUAAAGGAGUUGGCGCGAAGAAGGCGCACCGAAGUGGCGCCAACGCCGUCAGCGCGUCUCUCACCCAGGGCACGAAGAAGCAGACGAAAACGAUGAAGGCGAAUCGUAUACCUUCACUCACUGGCAACAUUGAUUCGUUGUGCAUAAAGGUCGAGCUCGUGGUGCCACCGUCGCGGAACGCUCCAGAGACGUCAACAUCUACCUCUGGUGGCGGUGAUGGUCCAUUGCCAACCAGAAUGAGCGGCACUGCUACCACUGACCCAAGCACCCGCCCCGACUCGUUACGCAGUGGCUCCUUACGGACAAGCGACGGCUACCAGCGGCAGGUGUGCGCCGGCGGGCAGUCGGGAGGCUUCAGAGUGACGCGGCACACUCGCCUGACCAGCGGCAGUGCUGACGCGCUCACCCCGGCGAGCGGCGCCGCGUCUGGCACAUCCACCACGGCGCGUCUACGCAGCCAAAAUCAGCGCGGGGGUGAAAACGACGCUGUCGACAGUGGCGCGCUAGAGGUGAAGAGGCUCACCUACAAACUUCUUGUCUGCGACCGUGACAGCGGUGAAGUUCUCCUGGCACAGGAGCGCGGCCUCUACCCCAGCAUCAUACCAGCUCUUGAGCGGGUGAAAGUCGUUGGGGGCCGGGAACUACCCGCCGUACCAAUGAAGCGGCUCCCAAGUGUGCGCUUCGCCACGGAGGCGUUCACAGAGGAGCGCCGGGUAGAGGUGGAGGUGUUCCUCCAGGCCGUCGCGCUGAGCCCCUUUUUUAUUCGCCACCCAGACGUGGUGAAACUGCUCGGGCUGGAGCCGUUUGUCGCUGGCACGCACCCAGUCGCAGCGACCGGUGCCGCUGCAGCGAGAGGCAGUCGUGAUAGCGGAACUGGUAGACAUCGACCUAGCAAAUCAGCGGGCACCACGAGCACCGGAGCGUCACCGACGAAAGAGAGUGCUCCCGGUAGCGGUGCGGCGGCGCGGGGGGGAGCAGGCGCUGCUGGGGACCCGAAGCGGCCUCAUCGCCGCUCAAGAGAUGACAGAGUCGACGCUGGCGCAAAGGCGGGCAGUGGCACGGGUGAGCCGGGUGUUCCCUACCUCAGCACAGACGCCCUCGAGCCUUAUCGCGGCUUGAAUACCGGGGGUUAUGGCAAGGACGCCGCUGCUCGCGAAGGCUUCCACCGAGCGGAGAGCUGUUUCAGUCUGCAGACUUCCCGUUCCUCCGUCGUGCGGCGGAACAAGCUGGACGAGGUGACCAUGGAGGACCUCGAGCACAUCCAGCUCGGCAAUCUCAUCGGCCGCGGCACUUUCGGCUCUGUCUACAUGGGACUCCUGCAAACUCGCCGUGGUUCGCUGAUGGUAGCUGUGAAGGUGAUGCGAGUCGGUGAGGCGGUGGGGACGGCGGAGAUGGAGGGUCUUCAGCGCGAGCUGGACGUGCUGUGCGCCGCUCGGCACAAAAACAUCAUCCGUUUCCUGGGCAGCUCGCUGAACACGACGACGCGGGACCUGAGCAUCUUCACGGAGUACGUGGAGUGCGGCACUAUCCGCUCCCUCGUCGAGCGCUUUGGGGCCUUGACAAUGCUAGCGAUUCAGCAAUACAUGCACCAGAUACUGAGCGGUCUGCAGUACCUGCACAGCCUCUCAAUCGCGCACCGUGACAUUAAGGGGGAGAACAUCCUUGUCACCAAGAACGGUCGCGUCAAGCUCUCUGACUUUGGCAGUAGUACCGGUGCACCGUGCGAGGUGGCGACCGACUCCACUGGUGCUGCUGUGACGCCCUCCAAGAAGAGCAGCAGCGGUGAGGGUGCGGGAGACGGUCUCCCGGUCGGCUCACCGCAGUACAUGGCUCCGGAGGUGAUUCAAGGAACGGUGAAGUCCGUUACCGCGGCCGACAUAUGGUCGCUCGGCUGCGUUGGAAUCGAGAUGCUCGAUCGGCCCAUCUGGCGGGAGAGCGCUAGUGCAAACCCCUUCGUUUUUCUCUACCGCAUCAGCCGCUGCGGGACGCCCCCGCACGGGUUGCCCACAGACGACGAGCUCGCUGCUCUCAAGGCGGAAGGGAGGACGACGGAGUACAAUGGCUUCUCGCUGUACCUGGAUUUUCUCAAGAGCUGCUUGCAGGUCGACCCGGCGCAGCGCCCGUCCGCGUCGGGGCUGCUCAAGCACUCCUUCUUGACUUACCCAUACUCGAAGCACCUCCGCUGGCUACCACCGUCGCGGCCGUCCGCUGUCAAAUCCUCAUGA